AUGUCGAAGGCACUCAAAGAGUUUAAGAAUAUGAUGGUCCGGGAAGGCCAGGUGAGCAAGCUAUGGAAGACCCAUUCUCCCAAAGCUCACAUUGCGCCUCCCAAGAGCGGUAACAAAGACAAGAACUGGCAACUGCGCUUGGACGCGGAAGAGGCCACCAACGAGUCGCUCCAAAAGUGGAGGGAAAAGAACUCCAGUCAUGGGAAUCUGACUUUUGUGGCCAUCAAUGUCAAUGAGCCGAAAGAAAGGAUGUCAACCGUUUCUGAUGAGAUAUGGAAAGACGUUGAGAAGCAGGCGAAGGAUAAUUUGGGUUGA